GCUUUCUGCCCGGGCGCUCGCAGCCGAGCGCGGCCGGGGAAGGGCUCUCCUCCCAGCGCCGAGCACUGGGCCCUGGCAGACGCCCCAAGAUUGUUGUGAGGAGUCUAGCCAGUUGGUGAGCGCUGUAAUCUGAACCAGCUGUGUCCAGACUGAGGCCCCAUUUGCAUUGUUUAACAUACUUAGAAAAUGAAGUGUUCAUUUUUAACAUUCCUCCUCCAAUUGGUUUAAUGCUGAAUUACUGAAGAGGGCUAAGCAAAACCAGGUGCUUGCGCUGAGGGCUCUGCAGUGGCUGGGAGGACCCCGGCGCUCUCCCCGUGUCCUCUCCACGACUCGCUCGGCCCCUCUGGAAUAAAACACCCGCGAGCCCCGAGGGCGCAGAGGAGGCCGACGUGCCCGAGCUCCUCCGGGGGUCCCGCCCGCGAGCUUUCUUCUCGCCUUCGCAUCUCCUCCUCGCGCGUCUUGGACAUGCCAGGAAUAAAAAGGAUACUCACUGUUACCAUUCUGGCUCUCUGUCUUCCAAGCCCUGGGAAUGCACAGGCACAGUGCACGAAUGGCUUUGACCUGGAUCGCCAGUCAGGACAGUGUUUAGAUAUUGAUGAAUGCCGAACCAUCCCCGAGGCCUGCCGAGGAGACAUGAUGUGUGUUAACCAAAAUGGCGGGUAUUUAUGCAUUCCCCGAACAAACCCUGUGUAUCGAGGGCCCUACUCGAACCCCUACUCGACCCCCUACUCAGGUCCGUACCCAGCAGCUGCCCCACCACUCUCAGCUCCAAACUAUCCCACGAUCUCCAGGCCUCUUAUAUGCCGCUUUGGAUACCAGAUGGAUGAAAGCAACCAAUGUGUGGAUGUGGACGAGUGUGCAACAGAUUCCCACCAGUGCAACCCCACCCAGAUCUGCAUCAAUACUGAAGGCGGGUACACCUGCUCCUGCACCGACGGAUAUUGGCUUCUGGAAGGCCAGUGCUUAGACAUUGAUGAAUGUCGCUAUGGUUACUGCCAGCAGCUCUGUGCGAAUGUUCCUGGAUCCUAUUCUUGUACAUGCAACCCUGGUUUUACCCUCAAUGAGGAUGGAAGGUCUUGCCAAGAUGUGAACGAGUGUGCCACCGAGAACCCCUGCGUGCAAACCUGCGUCAACACCUACGGCUCUUUCAUCUGCCGCUGUGACCCAGGAUAUGAACUUGAGGAAGAUGGCGUUCAUUGCAGUGAUAUGGACGAGUGCAGCUUCUCUGAGUUCCUCUGCCAACAUGAGUGUGUGAACCAGCCCGGCACGUACUUCUGCUCCUGCCCUCCAGGCUACAUCCUGCUGGAUGACAACCGAAGCUGCCAAGACAUCAACGAAUGUGAGCACAGGAACCACACGUGCAACCUGCAGCAGACGUGCUACAAUUUACAAGGGGGCUUCAAAUGCAUCGACCCCAUCCGCUGUGAGGAGCCUUAUCUGAGGAUCAGUGAUAACCGCUGUAUGUGUCCUGCUGAGAACCCUGGCUGCAGAGACCAGCCCUUUACCAUCUUGUACCGGGACAUGGACGUGGUGUCAGGACGCUCCGUUCCCGCUGACAUCUUCCAAAUGCAAGCCACGACCCGCUACCCUGGGGCCUAUUACAUUUUCCAGAUCAAAUCUGGGAAUGAGGGCAGAGAAUUUUACAUGCGGCGUGCAUUCAGCACCACUGCAUAUGAGGCUUCAAGUCAGGCACUGAGCGUUGAGAAACAAACAGGAUGUGGUCUCUGCCCUGGAGGAACCCACACACACCUUAGCGGAGAGGGGGAAAACAACCUAGCAAACACAACACAAAGUGGCGAUUCUCAAGUCAAGUCAAGACCCAUGGGAUGCAAACGGGCCCCAUCAGUGCCACCCUGGUGAUGACACGCCCCAUCAAAGGGCCCCGGGAAAUCCAGCUGGACUUGGAAAUGAUCACUGUCAACACUGUCAUCAACUUCAGAGGCAGCUCCGUGAUCCGACUGCGGAUAUAUGUGUCGCAGUACCCAUUCUGAGCCUCGGGCUGGAGCCUCCGACGCUGCCUCUCAUUGGCACCAAGGGACAGGAGAAGAGAGGAAAUAACAGAGAGAGUGAGAGCGACACAGACGUUAGGCAUUUCCUGCUGAACGUUUCCCCGAAGAGUCAGCCCCGACUUCCUGACUCUCACCUGUACUAUUGCAGACCUGUCACCCUGCAGGACUUGCCACCCCCAGUUCCUAAGACGCAGUUAUCAAAAAGUAUUAUCAUUGCUCCCCUGAUAGAAGAUUGUUGGUGAAUUUUCAAGGCCUUCAGUUUAUUUCCACUGUUUUCAAAGAAAAUAGAUUAGGUUUGCGGGGGUCUGAGUCUAUGUUCAAAGACUGUGAACAGCUUGCUGUCACUUGUUCACCUCUUCCACUCCUUCUCUCACUGUGUUACUGCUUUGCAAAGACCCGGGAGCUGGCGGGGAACCCUGGGAGUAGCUAGUUUGCUUUUUGCGUACACAGAGAAGGCUAUGUAAACAAACCACAGCAGGAUCGAAGGGUUUUUAGAGAAUGUGUUUCAAAACCAUGCCUGGUAUUUUUCAACCAUAAAAGAAGUUUCAGUUGUCCUUAAAUUUGUAUAAUGGUUUAAUUCUGUCUUGUUCAUUUUGAGUAUUUUUAAAAAAUAUGUCGUAGAAUUCCUUCAAAAGGCCUUCAGACACAUGCUAUGUUCUGUCUUCCCAAACCCAGUCUCCUCUCCAUUUUAGCCCAAUGUUUUCUUUGAGGACCCCUUAAUCUUGCUUUCUUUAGAAUUUUUACCCAAUUGGAUUGGAAGGCAGAGGUCUCCAAACUGAUUAAAUAUUUGAAGAGA